CUAGUGUCUGGUUUCCUGUGUUACCGCCCUUGGGCUGAGACAGUGAAGACGGGUGCGGGAAUUUUUUUGCUUUCCGACCAGGAAUAGGUCAAUAAAGGGUAAAACGCUUGCAGGAAUUUCACUAAGGCAUUUAAUCAAACUGGACUGCAGUCUCUCUCUGACGGACAGUGUAAAUCAUGGCUCUUCCGUUUAAGAAAGAUCUGGAGAAGUAUAAGGAGAUUGAUGAGGAUGAGAUUCUGAACAAGCUGUCAGAGGAGGAACUCAAGCAACUGGAGAGUGCUCUAGAGGAGAUCGACCCCGAGAAUGCUUUGCUGCCAGCUGGACUCAGGCAGAAGGACCAGACCGCAAAAGCAGACACCGGCCCUUUUAACCGCGAUAAACUGCUGCAGUAUCUGGAGAAGGAGGCAAUGGACUAUAAAGACAGAGAUGAUUUCCUCCCCUUCACUGGAGAGAGGAAAGGAAAGGUAUGGAUUCCCAAAAAGAAACCAAUCGAGAUCCAUCAGGAGGAAGCCACGACCCUUGACCCGGAAUUGGAAGAGGCACUUUCUAGCGCUACUGACACAGAACUGCAUGACCUGGCAGCUAUACUUGGAGUGAGCACACUGCUGACGAGCACGCAGAGUUAUGACGGCACCUGUACAGACGGUUAUAACAAUGUUAUUAAGGGAGAAAAGGUAAAGCCAGUUUUUGAUGAGCCACCAAAUCCUACAAACGUGGAGGAAACUCUGCAGCGGAUAAAGUCCAAUGAUUCCUCACUGACCGAAGUCAAUCUCAACAACAUAAAGAACAUUCCAAUCCCGACUCUAAAGGACUUUGCAAAAGCUAUGGAGAGGAACGCUCAUGUGAAGAAGUUCAGUCUGGCUGCCACCAGAAGCAAUGACCCUGUUGCCAUGGCCUUCUCAGACAUGCUACGAGAGAAUAAGACGCUAAAAAGUUUGAAUCUGGAGUCUAAUUUUAUCACGGGCACAGGAGUUCAGGCUCUGGUAGAAGCUCUGCGGGACAAUGACACGCUUGCAGAGAUCAAGAUUGACAACCAGCGGCAGCAGCUUGGUACGUCGACAGAGAUGGAGAUCGCUAAGAUGCUGGAGCAGAAUACAAGCAUCGUGAAGUUUGGGUACCACUUCACCCAGCAGGGUCCUAGAUCCCGCGCCGCUGCCGCAAUCACAAAAAACAACGACCUGGUGCGGCGGAGGCGAGUAGAGAGGGAUGUGUAGAACAUAUUCUCUCUCUCUCUCUCUCUCUCUCUCUCUCUCUCUGUCUCUCUGUCUCUCUCUCUCUGUCUCUCUCUCUCUCUCUCUCUCUCUCUCUCUCUCUCUCUCUCUCUCUCUCUCUCUCUCUCUCUCUCUCUCUCUCUCUCUCUCUCUCUCUCUCUCUCUCUCUCUCUCUCUCUCUCUCUCUCUCUCUCUCACAAGCUCAUCAGACUCUUGUGCCAAACCCUCUGAGGGAGCCACUUCACCUGAAGAAGGGACACAACUGGAUACUUUGCCUCCCUAAUGUUAUUACUCAAUGAUCUUUUUAUGUUGUGUUAUUAUUAUUAUUAUUAUUAUUGUUAAUUGUUGUUUGUUUUUAUAGCUGCAACUCUUUUUUUGCUUGUGUAAAACCUUUUCUGCUCUUUUAAAAGUAAAAGUUCUUUGAAACGAAACUAAACAGGUUGCAACGGUUACACACAUGCACUCAAGCGCUAUAGUGAUCUCUUUAUGGAUGGGCUGGAUCAGAACCUGUCUCCCACAUUCACUCUGAACAAAUCUAGACUCAACUGGACUGGAUCUGCUGUGUUCCCCGCUAAUGUGAGCUAAAUCUAGAUUUGUCGAGUCUGGGUUUGGAGCACAGGUUUGAGCAGAGCCGCGUUAAGCCAAUGAGCGCCACGCUGUUUGUAACAGACACUCCUUAAUAAAAGUCAUCUAUACUCUUGCUGUUAACUUCACCGUGAGUGUGUGAGAAGAUUGUGCGGUUGUAGUUUUAUCAGCGUGGGUUGUGUGUGGAUGUCUUUGGGCAGCUGGGUCGUCUCAAAAACUCUUAGCUUACUGCACCUUGGUUUUGCUGCCGAUUGAGACGAUUCAUAUUGUAAAAUUCACCUCUAUUCCCGAAACACACCAGCUGAUACUGUGUGUCUGAGGAAUUACAGUGCUAAUUUAAGAUCAGUGCCCCAUUUUCAUCAAAUGUCUUUUGAAAAUGGAAAUAUUUGUACUAGAUCAGCACUAAUGACAACCUUGGGUAUGUAAAUGAAGGUCAAAGACUGACAGGUUUCACUUAGUACUUAAAAACUUUAGAGGUAUAUUUCCACCGAGCAAUGCACUAAGGGAUAUUUUCUUUUUCUUUUUGUACACAGGAAGUGAGCAUUUAUGUAAUUUAGUUGUCAUUUGUAGAUUUAGAUGAGAGUAUAUUUCCUGUAGAUAAAUCUGAAAUGGCUUUUCUAAUACCAUGCCAAAGACUAACACCUAAAUACUCUCAUUUUCAGGACUCUAGCUGAGGUCAGACAGGAAAUAUAUUUGGAUUAAUUUUUUUUUUUUUUUGUUUAUCAAAGGUAUAAUUCACCCUAAAAGAAAAUGCUAAAUUUCUUACCCUAAAUUGUUCCAAAGUUGUAUGCUGUUAUUUUUUAUAUAGAACGCAAAAUGUUCAUUGUUAAAGUAUUUUCGCAUAUUAUAACCAUGGCUGUCAAACACUGUAUGUGUUAUGAAGACUACGAUAGUUUUGUAUGCGGGUUAGGACAAAAUUUAAAUCGUUCACUAUAAUUGGUUCACCAACAACCAAUCGCCAAAUGGCUUGGAAUGUUAAGCACAAAUUUUGUUCAAAAAUAGCUGCGUUAAGAUUCCCAUUCAAAUAAUAAAUAACCAGAUAUGGGUUUGGAACAACAUGAGGGUGAGUAAAUGGCAAAACGGAUUAUUCCUUUAGUUUAUUUAGAAGAAUAUUUUUGAAGCACAUGGUCUGUGCUAAAGAGGAAAUUAGGGAACUAGUUGAAUGAGAGCGAGAGUGAUGAGAAAAGUUUCAUCUUAAAUAGCAACCAAUUCUGUGAGCAUUUAGUGGUCCUGGUGCAGCCAGAGCCCCGAACAUGCAUGCACGUUUGUGAUCGCAAGCAUGUUUGCAAUGUAAAGCUUUAUCUUUUCACUAAAGCGAUCUAACAUGCUUUCGCAACACCAGUGUAAAAUACUGAAUUAACCUUUAUACCGCUUGCCAUUCUCUGUGAGCUUGUACGUCCUACGAGGUUCUUUGAUUGUGGUAUAUAAUGUAGAGCACAGAUGCUUUGGCAUGUUUUUGAGCAAGGUGGUGAAGCCACCAAAUGGACCUUCAGCACAAAAGUAUGGCAUCUCGGGCGAAGCAGUCUGAACAUGCCCGGUGUGGGUUAUAUAGCUGGAUUACACGGGGGAACAUGUUGUACACCUGCUUUAAAUGCAAACGCUUGGACCAAGUUUGAAGUUUUCCUUUUCUCACCUUGUCGUUAAGCUUCAUUGUUUUGUACUGUUCUGUUUUGUAAGAGCCUUGUGUAUCAAUUGACUUUGAGUUUAUGUUUGUCUUUUAUUUUUCUUUGUGAACAAAUGCUGAAUUGUGUGUAUGAAAUCUUUUUUUCAGGUUGUGGUUCGUUUCAUUCCAUCUUUGUUUGAUUGUGGGUUAAAGGUUCAUGCUUUGCAGAAAGCUUGUGCUUGUAAGAAAGAGCUCUGCAAUCUUACCAUGGGUUCAUUUGAAAUCUCCAUCUCAAAUCCUCUUCAGAAGAUUCCACACGUAUAUAGAUAUACAUAUAAAUAUCAUGUACCGUAAACGCCUCUUAUAUUGCCGCAAUUUUGUAUGUCUAUACUACAUGUCUGGAUUCCAGAAGAGGAAAUCUUACUAUGUACUGUUAAUAACACACAACUCUGUAUCAGACGUCCUCAAUAAAAUGUAUGUUUUUACAGA